AUGCAACACAAUGUUCUUUUAACCGGCGCAUCCGGCUACUUGGGUGGAACCCUCUUGGCCCGAUGGGAAUCCGCCAAACUGCCACCAUAUGGCACACUAUUUGCUUUGGUUCGGACAGACCAACAAGGCGAAUCAGUAAGGCAACUUGGUGCGACGCCAAUAAAAUUUGACGUCAAAGAUGAAGCUGCGACGACAGCAGCCAUCAUCAGCAACAGGAUCACCAUUGUCUUGUACCUGAUUGACGCAAUGGAAUCCGCCACCCAGGUCGCAAUGAUCAAGGCGCUUGCACAAGUCAAAAAGCAGACUGGACAGGAAGUGCAUAUCCUACACACCUCCGGGGCGAAAUUGUUCAGCAAUCAUUCCGGCCAUCCGAUCGAUCGGUCGUUGCCUGAUGAUGAUCCGUCGCUGUUUGAGAUUCAGAAAACGGCGAAGCCACUGCUUCCACCUGUUCAACGGGGUCUCAAUGCCAACAACACGGUCAUUGAGACCGCGGAAGAAUUCGGGGUUCGAAGUUAUAUCUUCGUGCCGUGCAUCGUCUAUGGUCAAGGUGAGGGAUUCGGCAAUCCUAUUUCGAUCCAAACGGUCGCGAUAGUCAAAGCCGCCAAAAAGCUUGGAAAGCUAUACAGACCGGAUGAGAGCCUCUUGACCUGGCCUGUCGCCCAUGUUCUCGACAAUACAACGCUUUAUCUGGAGAUAACGCGGAAUAUCCUUUCCGACAAAGAUAUACCGCAUGGCAAGCAUGGAUAUUACCUCGCCUCCAGUGGCAGCAUUGCCUGGAAUGACAUCUACUGCGCCAUGGCGAAAGCACUUGCCAAGCGCCAACUUAUUGGCAGUGAUGUUGUGGAGCUUGCCGAUAAUGAGAGUCUCAAGCAGAUGGGAAAUGCAUUGGGUUGUCCCAGUCCUCUAGUUUCAUUAUUCCUGGGUGGGCAGUGCACGCUGCAGUCCAAGAAUGGCCUUCAUAUCGGCUGGAAGCCGCAAUUUCCAUCGCAGCAUAUCUUGGACGCCGCUGACGCAGAAGUGGAUAUUAUCCUUCGUAAUUUGGAGUAA